GCAGAGCUCCCCGUGAGGCCUGCGCAGCACAACACCGCCCAGCCGCUGAGCAUCCCCAUAAGGACCAAGCCAAAUGACGAGCGGAGACACAAGCACUCGAGGUCGUCCUACUCGGACGCAGGGUCCCUGCUCAGCUCGCGGAACAAUUCCCUGACGUUUCACCGUCCUGCGAAGCGGUCUAUGCCUACGCCCAACAAGACAAUCGCCAUCAUCAAUGCCGGUGGUCGUCAGGCCGCCUCAGUGAUCCGCGUGGCCACAGCUGUCGGGUAUCAUGUUCGGGCCCAGAUGCGGAACAUGGACGGCAUCAUUGCGACCGAGAUCGCAACAAAUCCAAACGUUACCCUGUUCCAGGGGGAGCUCUACACGAGACACGGGCCCAAGUCUGAAGGCGCGGACCUAACACAGGAUGGACCCAUCUCCGGCAUCGGGAUCAAUCAUGCUCUCAUCUCGGAGCUGUUCCGUGGUGCCCAGCUGGCUUUCAUCAACACUACCUUCUACGGCAACGAGGUGGAGAUCGGACUGUGUCUGGCAGAUGCUGCCAAGAAGGCGGGCAUACAGCACUACAUUUAUUCUUCCAUGCCAGACCACCACGCCUACAAUGACGCCUGGCCUAGUUUACCACUUUGGGCGUCCAAGCACAAGGUUGAAGAGUACGUCAGGAAGAUCGGUCUUCCAGCAACUUUUGUGUACACGGGCAUUUACAACAACAACUUCACCAGCCUGCUUUUCCCCCUUUUCUGCAUGGACCUGCAGGAAGACGGCUCCUUCGUGUGGCAGGCUCCCUUCCACCCAGACGUCAAGCUGCCGUGGCUCGACGCAGAGCACGAUAUGGGCCCUGCGAUACUGCAGGUCUUCAAGGAUGGCGUGGGGAAAUGGGGUGGGAAGCGUAUAGCACUCGCCUGGGAAAUGCUGUCUCCACGAGAGGCUUGCGAGCAGUUCGCCAACGGCGUUGGUCGCAAGGUCACAUAUGUCAGGGGCGAGAUCGAGAUCAAGGUCAAGAUCCCAGAUGGCUACAGGGUACAGCUUGAGGCUCUGGAGAAACUGUUCCUCCUCGGCGGUGACGAUCCUGCGAAACAACCACCGUACUUUGGCGACCGUGCGCUGGAGGAAAGCUGCCCAGCCGUCGCUAUGGAGUUGUGGGAAGGUCCUCGAGGCCUAGAGGAGUAUGCAAGAGAAACCUUCCCGUUAGAGGAGAGCGCCAACGGCAAGACCUGGAUGGACAGUGCUGCCUUGGGUCUUGGCCAGAGCGAGGAGGAUUUUGUACUGGUCGGGUCGCCGACUAGGGGCCAGCCAGACGAGGAGUAUGACAGCGAAGAAGAAGAUGACGGCCUCACCAUGAGGGUGUCUGCGAGAGGUGAUCAAGAAUGGCUUGCGUAAUGAAACUAUCUUACCGAACUUGAGGCAGAAACUCGGAAAUCACUCACUGCACCUCAACACGCAGAUAAGAGUGGCAACCGCGGGGGUUCUGGACUUAACGGCAGUUUGAACCUCAGCACAGGGGGUCUUCUGUGCAUCACGCAUUCCGUUCUUCACCAACAGCCCCCCUCCCCCCCUUCCUCUCCCCAAACCCCCUUUGAGAAAGCGGGCGGGCCGCAACGGAACGUCGGAAAUGGCGAGGAUGCUUUAUGAUUCCUGGACGAAGUUCAAUGACGAUCGAUACCCAACAAAUCUGAACGGCAUUCUACGCACAGCCUCCGCACUAGGUCAGACGGACAAGGUGUCACACACCACAGGGAGAAAGACGAAGAGGGUUUGCUGGUGAUGCACCACAACACGGCGCAUGCUCACCCAUUCUGAUCAUCACAUUUACAAUCAUGGCGGACGGCGUUUUCAGAGCCGCGCGCUCGGCAUUCGGAAAUUAUGGCUCUCCAAAACAAAAACAAAAAUGGUGUCGGGGCUGGCAAAAAGAUUUAGGAAUCGGGCCGGCGGGUAUAGACUUCGGUCGCGACCUUGGACGAAGUUUAAUUGAUUUAGGUCUUGUUUCUAUCUGUCCAAACAGCUUACAGAGAUAUCUGCUCCUAUGAUACUGGUGCCAGGGCCAAUUUUAGGUAUUUGUGUAAUGGAAGAUUAUGGAUAUCCAUUCUUGUCUAGACCAUGCACGAGCAGCAAUGUUUUUGAGAUAAGCCAUUCCUCUUAGUAUAGUAUCAAUGCCUCAGGAGCAUGGCUCGUGGAAUUCAGGAACAGUGU